AUGUCUUUGCAUAAACAAUAUCUUAAUGUGAGUCUUCUUUUUCAAACAAAUCAAAAACACUUCCAAGAGGUAUUCAUAUUGAAGAGACCGAAGCGGGAAUUGUUAAGUCGAGAGAUGUUGAAUGCUGAAGUUGUUGCCAUGAAAACAGGAUCAUCAACAAUGUUGCGAGUAUUGUUAUUUGACUCCUUUUUAUACAGCAGACUUGUUAACAAUGCAUGCAUGCAGAUAUCUGGAAACUCUCCCAGUCAACAAAGAAAUUGGAACAAAAAGUCGAAGCGAAAUAAAAAAUUAAGGAGCAUGAGAAAACCAGAUGCAAGACAGAAGAAGCUUAUGUUAGAUCUCAGAAAAUUUUGUUUCCUUUUAAAGAUUUCCGCAAGUUUAAAUAACUGA